GGUACAGAAUUACGACAUGAUUUGGGUGCCAAGGUAAUCAUUAGUGCCAACUCUCUGGCGUUGCAAAAAGUGGCCAGAAAUUGGACAGGCGAUAUUACUUGCUUGGCAGCUAACACACAAGGCCGAACACCCAGUGCACAACUUGCACUGAGAGUUCGAUAUCAAAAUUUUAAUAAGCCAGACGAAGUCGAGUUGUUAAUCGGUGUCGACAUAUUUUUUGAAAUUCUGUUAAAUGAGAAAAUUAUGCUUGGAAAAGAUAAACCAGUGUUACAAAAUACAGUUUUCGGUUGGGCUGUAGCUGGAAACUUCGGAAAUAAUUCUGGUCCAGUUGAUAACUUAACGGCUUCUAUUAAUCACGUCCACCUAACAAACUCUAUAGCAAGGUUUUGGGAAAUCGAUGAGGUAAAUGACAGUUAUUCGUUAUCAAGCGACGAUGAAAUUUGCGAACGUCAUUUUUUGGAAAAUGUUUCUAGAGAUAUUGAUGGAAGUUAUGUGGUUGCUUUGCCUUUAAAGCCCAGUGCUGAUGUAAAUCUUGGUUUAUCAUUACAGCAAGCUAAACGUCGAUUUUUGCAUUUAGAAGCUCGCUUCAAAAGAAAUAGUAUUUUAAAAAAACAGUACUCUGAUUUUAUCAACGAAUACAUCGCAUUAGGUCACGCAGCUGUAACAAAUUUUGAUCACUCCGGUAUGCAUUAUUAUCUACCACACCAUGCGGUAUUUAAAAGGGAUUCUGACAAGAUCCGCGUAGUUUUCGAUGCUUCUGCCGUAACUUCAACCGGAAAUUCUUUAAAUGACGUACUUUAUACGGGUCCAAAGUUGCAGCAAACUGAUAUAGUUAAAAUGUUUCGCCAAAUUCGAGUUAGAAAAGAAGACCAAGAUUUACAACGCAUAUUGUGGCGCGAAGGUCCAAACGAAACCUUAAAAUGUUUGAAAUUAACAACUGUCACAUAUGGAACUGCCUGCGCUCCAUACUUGGCAAUACGAUGCUUGCACAAACUAAUCUGCGAUGAAGGUUCGGCUUAUCCACUCGCUUGCGCAGCGCUGCGUAACGAUUGUUACGUGGACGAUUUAAUAACGGGUUCCGAAACUUUAGAGCAAUCGGUUAGAUUAAGGGACGAAUUAAUAGCAUUAUUUUCCAAAGCAAAUAUGUCUCUCCAUAAAUGGGCUGCAAAUGAUGAUAAAAUUUUAAAAUUUACAUCGUUGGAAAAUGAGCAUUCUGAAAUGUUUGAUAUAACGGAUGAUAAGUCUUCCGUAAAGGCAUUGGGACUUUGUUGGAACCGCGUUUCAGAUUCAUUCGAAAUCCGUACCAAUGAAAUUAUUAUCGAAACAAAAUUAACCAAACGAAAAAUUUUAUCAUCAAUUGCAAAAAUUUUUGACCCACUUGGUUUGAUUUCCCCUUUUGUGGUAAUUGCAAAAAUAAUGAUGCAAGAUUUAUGGCAAUUGAAAAUUAGUUGGGACGAUAUAAUCACAGACAAGUCAAUACUUACUCGUUGGACGCAAUUUGUAAGCGAUAUUACUAUUCUAAAUGACAUAAAAAUACCACGUCCUUUAUUUUUACGAAGCGAAAUUUGUCACUUACAAUUACAUGGUUUUUGUGAUGCUUCGAUAAAGGCAUAUGGCGCUUGCAUAUAUGUGCGCACAGUAUAUCAAAAUCAACAUACUUCUGUCAAUUUACUAUGUUCCAAAUCUCGAGUCGCACCGAUCAAACAUGUUACACUUCCCCGUCUUGAACUUUGCUCUACACUAUUAUUAGUUAGGUUAUAUAAUUCUAUAUGCAAGAUUUUUAAACAUAGGGUUCAUGACAUAUUUUUCUGGAGUGAUUCAAGUAUUGCACUCACUUGGAUUAAUACUUCCCCAUCAAAACUUAAGUCUUUUGUUGGAAAUAGGGUUUCCGAAAUACAAAAGUGUACAAAUGUAACUUGGCGACAUGUUCCAUCGGCCGAUAAUCCUGCUGACCUUAUUUCACGCGGCGUCACUGGUGUUAAACUACGCGAUUGCCACCUUUGGUGGUGUGGACCUCAAUGGUUAAAAUCAAAUAUAAAUCUUUGGCCAGAAAUAUUUAAUGUUAAUGAAACUGCCAAUUUGCCUGAGCAGGAACUUAUUCGUAAUACCCUUUUGUGCACUCCUUUAUUAAACGAAAUCUUCACAAAAUUUUCCAAUUUUAAUAAAUUACAGCGUGUUGUUGCUUUUUGCUUAAGAUUCAUUAAUAAUAGUAAGAUAUCUCGCAUACAAAGAAUGGUCGGACCACUAACAAUUGAAGAAUUAAAUUUCGUUUCAAAUCAUCAAAGAAUGGCCGGACCACUAACAAUUGAAGAAUUAAAUUUCGCUUCAAAUCAAAUUAUUCGCAAAAUCCAAUUAGAAAAUUUCAAAACGCUGAUAGAUAAACUUCAGAACAGAGUCCUAAACGUGUCGAUUGACAAGCAUUUACUUGAGCUCAAUCCCUUUCUUGAUGAGCAAAAUAUUUUACGAGUGGGCGGGCGACUGGAGAAGGCAAAUAUAUCAUAUGAUCAAAAAUUUCCCAUCAUACUUCCCGCAAAAAAUCACGUGACAGAUUUGAUAUUGUUACAGGAACAUCAACGCUUGUUGCAUGCCGGUGUGCAAACCGUUCUCGCAAAUAUUCGACUUCGUUUCUGGCCUAUUAAUGCCCGAAAUAGAAUCAAACAAAUAAUUAAAAAUUGUGUUCGAUGUUACCGGCAUGAUAAUCGUAAUAUGCAACAGAUAAUGGGAAAUCUCCCAAAAGAAAGGGUGAACAUAUCCAGACCUUUUCUAACUACGGGGAUAGAUUAUGCCGGUCCAUUUACACUUCGAGUGAGUAAGGUACGGAAAGCACAGCGAAGCAAAGCAUACAUCGCGUUAUUUAUUUGUUUUUGUACAAAAGCUAUUCACUUAGAAUUAGUAACUAGCUUGACGACUGAAGCUUUUAUGGCGGCUUUGAAGCGGUUCAUUUCUCGCAGGGGUAAAUGCAACACAAUUUUUUCCGAUAAUGGCACAAAUUUUAUUGGAGCGCGUCAUGAGUUGCAUCAACUUUAUAAGUUAUUCAAAAGUGAUAAAAUUAGAUCAGAAUUGGUAGAUGCUGCAUCUAUCGAGGGGAUAGCUUGGAAAUUCAGUCCACCUCAUGCUCCUCAUUUUGGAGGUUUGUGGGAAAGCGCGGUUAAACUCGCAAAACAUCACAUUCGCAGAGUUAUUGGGAGUUCUUGUCUAACCUACGAGGAAUUUACUACCGUUUUAACUCAAAUAGAGGCAGUUUUAAAUUCUCGUCCAAUCACUGGCGUCUAUGAAAAUCCAUCUGAACCCACGUUUUUAACACCCGGACACUUUCUAAUAGGCGACGCGUUAACUGCUUUUCCUGAACCAGCACUUGUAGAUAUAAAUAUUAACAGACUUUCAUUAUGGCAAAAUCUAACAAGAUUAAGAGAUAUGUUUUGGAAAAAAUGGUCUAUAGAUUAUUUAAGUUUGUUACAAAAACGAUACAAAUGGCAAUUAGAAACACCUAAUAUUAAAAUAAAUGACGUAGUGUUAUUAAAGGAGGAUAACUUGCCACCUCUAAAUUGGUUAUUAGGGCGUAUCACAAACGUAAAUCCCGGUACUGAUGGUAAAGUACGCGUAGUAACCGUAAAAACCAAAGCUGGAAUUUAUGUGCGGCCUAUAACAAGAAUAUGUCCACUACCAAAUGGAGAUUUUAAUUAA